UGAAAAGAAAACAUACAAUAAACAGAAGUGAGCUCAGCCUACAGGUAAUAAAAGAAUAUGAAACUGGCGUUUCGAAACGCUUUCCUUACCUUCUCAACUUCUUGCCGCUUCUUCUUAAACCCUACUCCUAAAAUCCCAUUCCCUCCUCUUGCGAUCCGUACGGCUCCCACAGUACUCGCCGGAACGUUUCUCCGCACUCUCUGCUGCUCCACAACUAUGGAGGGAGGUGAAUCACAUGCUCCUUCGCUGGAGAAGCAGUUCGAGGGUUUUCGGGUUCAGCUUGAGGAGUCAGGAAGCUUGAGAGAGCGCAUUCGAGCUGUUGUAAUGGAAAUUGAGUCCACCGCCAGGCUCAUGCAAGCCGGUCUUCUCCUUGUUCACCAGUCUCGCUCCACUCCUGAGGUUUUGGAGAGGCCAAAAGCUCAGAUUGCUGUGUUGAAGGGGCUAUACAAUCAACUCGCUCAAAUUCUUAGUGAAUGCCCCUCUCAAUAUUACAGGUAUCAUGGUGAUUGGAGGGGUGAGACACAGACUGUGGCUUCACUUCUUGCUUUUAUGCAUUGGUUAGAGACAGGAAAUCUUCUAUUGCAUACUGAAGCUGAGGAAAAACUGGGCUUGAACAGUUCAGAGUUUGGUCUAGAUGUUGAAGACUAUCUUGUAGGCCUUUGUUUCAUGUCAAAUGAACUGCCAAGAUAUGUGGUGAAUCAAGUGACAGCAGGGGACUAUGAUUGUCCAAGAAAGGUGUUGAAAUUCUUAACAGAACUCCAUGCAGCCUUCCGUAUGCUUAAUCUUCGGAACGAUUUCUUGCGGAAAAAGUUUGAUGGUAAGCUAUUCAUUUUAUAUCCUCUUUCCCAUAAAUGUUCACUUGUAUUUAUACUUACAUUCAUUCAAUCUUUUGCCAUCUACUGUAGGGAUGAAAUAUGACCUAAAAAGAGUUGAAGAAGUUCACUAUGAUGUUAAGAUCAGAGGCUUAACAGCCAGGGACUAAACAAACCAAAACCAAGAACAACAAGAGGAUCCCUAAGUUUAUACUUUCUUCACUAUUCAUCUUGUGUAGCUUUUAUUUUGUUUAGAGUAAUCCAAAUUUCCAAACAUCUUUUCUAAUCCUCAUGUAAAAGUUUGUGUGAGGGUAAGUGGCUGAAUUCAGUUAAAAAAUGACAUUACCUCUCUACAA